GCGCAGCCUCAUGCCACGUGACCAGCACUCCCUCCCUCUACGUAACUCCCACUCCCCUACCCAGCCCCGCCCCGUGUGGGAGUUCCUCCGGGAGGGCCAAUCUUCCGGGUGUAGGGGGAAGCGGCGUGACUGGAGUGGAAAAUUUUUCCAACACAACUUCGCAGCUGCAACAUAUUGAAAGGAGCGCAAGAAAGCCCGAGUAUACACUGGGACGGCUGAAUGAAACUUCUGCUUUUCCUGUUGACUUUAACCAGUGGACUUGACACAAGCCCCAAUGCCCUUUCCACCUCUCGUCUUGGUACGGUCCUUGGAGUACGGCGCCUGCAGAGGGUCCCACGCUGGAAGCGAGUGAGGAGGAGUCGGAAGAAACACUAGAGGUCAUCUAAAGCAGCCGUCCCCUCUGCAGCCUCUCUGACAAGUGACUGAACAUUCUUCACGAUCGGAAAGGAAAAGAAGAGAUUCUUUCGGGAUGUUUGACGGUUAUGAUAGCUGCAGUGAGGACACAAGCAGCAGCUCCAGCUCUGAAGAGAGUGAGGAAGAAGUCGCACCUUUACCUUCUAAUCUCCCGAUUAUCAAAAACAAUGGGCAAGUCUACACAUACCCAGAUGGUAAAUCUGGCAUGGCUACCUGUGAGAUGUGUGGGAUGGUUGGCGUCCGAGAUGCUUUUUACUCUAAAACAAAGCGUUUCUGUAGCGUUUCAUGUUCAAGAAGUUACUCGUCAAACUCCAAGAAGGCAAGCAUUUUGGCCAGACUUCAGGUAACGGGUAAGCCUCCAACAAAGAAAGCAAAAGUUCUUCAGAAACAACCUUUAGUUGCUAAGCUAGCCGCAUAUGCUCAGUAUCAAGCUACCUUGCAAAAUCAAGCAAAGACAAAAGCAGCAGUCUCCAUGGAAGGUUUCAGCUGGGGUAACUACAUCAAUAGCAAUAGCUUUAUAGCAGCUCCAGUUACCUGUUUUAAACAUGCACCUAUGGGGACCUGCUGGGGUGAUAUCUCAGAAAAUGUGAGAGUAGAAGUUCCCAAUACAGACUGCAGCCUACCUACCAAAGUCUUCUGGAUUGCUGGAAUUGUAAAAUUAGCAGGUUACAAUGCCCUUUUAAGAUAUGAAGGAUUUGAAAAUGACUCUGGUCUGGACUUCUGGUGCAAUAUAUGUGGUUCUGAUAUCCAUCCAGUUGGUUGGUGUGCAGCCAGCGGAAAACCUCUUGUUCCUCCUAGAACUAUUCAGCAUAAAUAUACAAACUGGAAAGCUUUUCUAGUGAAACGACUUACUGGUGCCAAAACACUUCCUCCUGAUUUCUCACAAAAGGUUUCAGAGAGUAUGCAGUAUCCUUUCAAACCUUGCAUGAGAGUAGAAGUGGUUGACAAGAGGCAUUUGUGUCGAACACGAGUAGCAGUGGUGGAAAGUAUAAUUGGAGGAAGAUUAAGACUAGUGUAUGAAGAAAGCGAAGAUAGAACAGAUGACUUCUGGUGCCAUAUGCACAGCCCAUUAAUACAUCAUAUCGGUUGGUCUCGAAGCAUAGGUCAUCGAUUCAAAAGAUCUGAUAUUACAAAGAAACAGGAUGGACAUUUUGAUACACCACCACAUUUAUUUGCUAAGGUAAAAGAAGUAGACCAGAGUGGGGAAUGGUUCAAGGAAGGAAUGAAGUUGGAAGCUAUAGACCCAUUAAAUCUUUCUACAAUAUGUGUCGCAACCAUUAGAAAGGUGCUAGCUGAUGGAUUCCUGAUGAUUGGGAUCGAUGGCUCAGAAGCAGCAGACGGAUCUGACUGGUUCUGUUACCAUGCAACCUCUCCUUCUAUUUUUCCUGUCGGUUUCUGUGAAAUUAACAUGAUUGAACUUACUCCACCCAGAGGUUACACAAAACUUCCUUUUAAAUGGUUUGACUACCUCAGGGAAACUGGCUCCAUUGCAGCACCAGUAAAACUAUUUAAUAAGGAUGUUCCAAAUCACGGAUUUCGUGUAGGAAUGAAAUUAGAAGCAGUAGAUCUCAUGGAGCCACGUUUAAUAUGUGUAGCCACAGUAACUCGAAUUAUUCAUCGUCUCUUGAGGAUACAUUUUGAUGGAUGGGAAGAAGAGUAUGAUCAGUGGGUAGACUGUGAGUCCCCUGACCUCUAUCCUGUAGGGUGGUGUCAGUUAACUGGAUAUCAACUACAGCCUCCAGCAUCACAGUCAUCAAGAGAAAACCAAUCAGCUUCUUCAAAACAGAAGAAAAAGGCUAAGUCCCAGCAAUACAAAGGACAUAAGAAAAUGACGACACUGCAGCUGAAGGAGGAGUUGCUGGAUGGAGAGGAUUAUAAUUUCCUCCAAGGAGCAUCUGAUCAGGAAAGCAAUGGCUCUGCCAACUUCUACAUCAAACAAGAGCCAUGAGGUGGCUCAGAAACUGAGGGCGGGAGGGGAAGGAUUUUACACAGGACUGAUUUAUAAUCAAUCCAGCUGUACAGGGGGCUAUUCUACUGGGACAUUUUGCUAAACAUAGAAGAUUUCAGUUCCAGAUUUUUCAGGUGGGUGGGGAAACUAUUUUAGUCGGGGGGGCGGGGUGGGAAAUUUUCAAUUUAUAAAGAUGGACAAUUUUUGUGUUGUAUUUGAAGCUUUUGAAAGAAUUUUGUAAUAUUUUCCAAGUUUGGAUUUAUGUGCAUUGUUAACAAGAACUGAAAUUCUAACUUUUUUGGUAAGAUUAAAGUUUAGGUAGCAGGAUUGAAGGAAAUGAUUUAAGAAGGAUAUAGGUGUUAAAUGCAAAUGAACUGUCAUUACAAAUGAACCUUUUUGGUACCUGUUGGGAGAUUUUGGGAUUUUUAGAACUUAGGCCAGUCACAUCUCCAGCUUCCUUUGCUGCAGAAAUAUGCAACUGAACUCCUUAUGGAGGAGAGGGGUCAUCACCACAUCGGUCAUGGAAGGGGUCAUUAUUUCUGCUUGUUGGCAUUUUAUUGCAGCCCAUUUUAAAUGUUUGUACAGAAAUAUUUUUCAUUCUGUGAAAAUUUAUUUGGAGUUCUAUAUGAAACUGGAAGAACUCUGGAUACUUUCAUAUGUUCUCUUUUAAUUAAAAAAAUGAUUAGAAUUAUCCUAACACUAAAGUGUUAAACUGGAAUGGUUGACAAGAUAUACAGGAUCUCAGUCUACAUGUUGAGGGGUUGGGGAAAAUGCAGUGUUGUUCUGAGUUUAUUUUCCUUUCUAAAAAAAUACCCCACGAAAGGGAUACUGAUCAGUUCUCUGCCAUUUCCCUCUGUCUGUGAAAUAACAACUUGGUAUAACCACAACCAAAAACAGAUGUUCUGUAUUAGGAGAAUUGAAUCGAAAGUUAUUCAAAGCCAAAAUAAGUUUAGAUUUCAAAAUCAUUCCAGCUCUGCUUUUAUCUAUCUUGGAUUUGGUAGAAAACUAAUUUGAAAGAGAAUUUAAUUUUCUUAAAAUUCCAUAUAUAUAUAUGAUUGUCUUUAAUUGUAUUCAGGAUUUAUUUUAAUAAUAACUGAUUUGGACCAUGUUGAACAUUCCCUGUUUUAAAAUUCACAUGACUUCCUUUUAAAAAAAAAAAAAAAAAAGGAUACAAGGGUAAAUUGGUGAAAGGUUUGCUCUCUGCAUUUUCUAACUUUCUACUGAGUUGUGACUGAAUGAGAGCUCUCUAGCGUUUACCAGUGAGGUUCAUAAACUAAACUCUCAGGAAUUAAUUGCAUCUGUUCUAGAAGUGCUUCUGGGUCUUAGCCUGGCCUCUUCAGAGUGGUAAUAUUGACCAUCUCCUCUGGAAUAUAGGUAGGGCUAAUUAGAAAUUAAUCAAAAUGAUUAACCUCUACAGUCCUUCAGCCUAUGGAAUGCUUUAAAAAAUGUUAAUGGAAAGCCCCAGGAGACCAUUUUAGGUAAGAUUUUUGUUUGAAUUUUAAAAUGCAUAGAACGUUAAAAAAAAAAAAAAAAA